AUGACUUUUGGUCUCCUCCCCCUCAUCAUCCUUACCGGUGGCAUCCUGCUGCAGUUCUUCACAAUUCUUUCAGGUGCAAUUAAUAGUAGUCCCGUCACCCAAUUCUUCUUUCUGGAAGCGAGUAACAUCGGGAACAUCCCAAACGCGCGGAAUCCUUCCAGGUGGACCUUCUUUGCCAUUUGUGGCGUCAACCCGAGCAAUGGUCACAAUGCCAACUGCGGGUCUUUGCUGCCUGCUCUACCUUUUGAUCCCCCCCGCAACUUUGGCACCGAUGACAACAUCCCUAAUCAGUUCAUUAGGACUCACCAAUACUAUUACCUUUCAAGGUUUAUGUUUGGUUUUUACCUAAUGGCACUAUUUUUCGCCGUGGUAGCGCUCUUCACGGGGGUUCUUGCCCUCUGCAGCCGGCUAGGAGGAUACCUCUCUGGCCUAACCACUGCUGUGGCACUAUUAUUCCAGACCCUGGCGGCUUCUUUAAUGACCGCUUGGACAGUACAAGGGCGAGAUGCAUUCCGAAGUGGAGGUCAUUCUGCCAAGCUAGGAGUCAAGCUAUAUGCCUUCACAUGGAGUGCUAUGGCUUGCUUUCUACUUUCGACCGUUUUGUUUUGCUGCGGUGGAGCUGUUGGGCGCGGCUCAACAAGCGUGCGCCGGAAGCGACCUACUAGAUCGUCUCGUAGUCGAGGAAGUUUUUUGGAUACUGAAUCUCAACGCAGGGUCAAGGAUGACUACUCGUGA